CCUGCUCUCCUCUACCUAACCUCACUCCGUACCGCGACAACAUGGAUGUCGACACGGCGAGUGACAAUACGUCCAUCGACGACAAGAUAGACGACUUUUGCGAAAAUCCCACGCGAGAUGCGUUAACGGAGGGUCUCAUGAGCCUUCUGAAACCCACGGUGGACCAACUGGAUGACCGAAUUCGUGCUACGAGGAUAUGCCAAAUUGAGCUGAAACAACGGAUUGAGUCGUUAACGGAGGAGCUUCAGAGGAUCAACGAGGCGUUGCAGUAUCCGAUGGACACAGACUCCUAUGUGAAAAAACUUGUUAACGCUAAGCACAAGAUCACCAUUGUUAGCAACAUUUUGCAAACCACGCAGGAGCGCUUAAACAAGGUGCAUCAGGCUGUCGAGAAGAGCACUGCCAAGCGAAAGACGCUCUUAGAUAAUAGUUGCGCGUACAGCGGCGCGUCUGUCGAAGCGGACAAAGAAGAGUCGUCUAAAGCGGAGACUGAUAAGCAGCAAUAAUUUCCAAUAUUUAUUAUUAAU